UUUAUUAUAUUUUGGUACUAACAUGCGCUAUUUGCGACUGGUAUCGUUAAUGAAAGAUAAUUUGUACCAAUGUCGAUAUAUAAGAAUACAUUCACCAAUUUGCGCGCACAGGUGGUUUCCGGAUGCAGAAUACAUGAAACAAUUCGCCGGACCUGUGUUUUUUCGCACCGAUGAGACAGAUAAGUAUUAUAGGAUGAUAUAUAAUUCGCAAGUGAAGCCAGUAGAGCGAAAGCUGAAAAAUAUGUUUAUUAAUUUUGGACCACAACAUCCGGCAGCACAUGGUGUUCUUCGUCUUAUUUUGGAGCUGGAUGGUGAAACUGUAGUUAGGGCUGACCCUCAUAUAGGUUUCUUGCAUAGAGCUACUGAAAAACUAAUGGAACACAAACACUAUAACCAAAGUCUGCCUUUUAUGGAUCGCCUUGAUUAUGUUUCAACUAUAUCAAAUGAACAAUGCUUUGCGCUAGCUAUCGAAAUACUUUUAAACAUCGAAGCUCCUCCCAGAGCGAAAGCUAUUCGAGUUCUAUGCAGUGAAUUAUGUCGAAUAGCAAAUCAUUUGUUAAAUAUUUCUGGAACUAUCCUAGACGCUGGAGGAAUUACCCCUUUCUUUUGGAUGUGUGAAGAACGUGAAAAGAUUUAUGAAUUAUUUGAGAGACUGUGCGGUGCGCGUGUUCAUUGCGCAUAUUUACGACCAGGUGGGGUCUCCCAAGAUCUUCCUAUUGGUUUUUUGGAUGACGUACAUGAAUUGUGCAUGAAAAUGGGUGAGCGGUGUGAUGAGACUGAAGAUGUUGCUACAGGAAAUAGACUUUAUUACGCACGAACUGCUGGAAUAGGUGUUGUUAGUGCACACGAGGCAAUUAAUUUGGGCUUUACUGGACCUAUGUUACGAUGUACGGGUGUCAAAUGGGACCUAAGAGUCACUGAGCCGUAUGAUGGCUAUGAUUUAUAUGACUUUGAUGUCGUUGUGGGUACAUUUGGGGAUAGUUAUGAUCGUCAUUUGUUACGUUUAGAAGAGUUACGGCAAUCUUUAAGAAUAAUUAACCAAGUAAUAGAUACAAUACCCGAAGGUGAAAUAAAAGCAGAUAAUGCUAAAAUAUCUCUUCCAACUAGAAUUGAGAUGAAAACAUCUAUGGAGUCCCUAAUACAUCAUUUUAAAUUAUGCACCGAAGGCUAUUGCGUUCCACCAGGAGCUACUUAUACAGCAGUAGAAUGUCCAAAAGGUGAAUUAGGAUUGUAUAUGGUCGCUGAUGGUACGUCUAAACCAUAUAGGGUAUAUAUAAGACCGUGUUCUUUUACUCACAUUCUAGGUCUUUCAGUGCUCGGACCAAAGUUGAUGCUCGCCGAUAUAGCAAUACUGAUUGCCACAGUAGAUAUUGUGUUCGGUGAUAUUGACCGUUAAUUAGAUUGCAAAAUUGUUAAUGAUUUAGUGUGGUUCAAUUAGUAUAUUUUAUUGUUAUUCAUCUUUUUAUUAUUUGGCCGUAAAUACAUACAUACUGUACCUAUAAAUGGUACAAAUGGCACAAGUGCAUUCAGCUCAGUAAUUAAA